AUGUCAUCCCAUACAAAUAAGUUCUUGGAUGAUCUCAAGCCACCUCUCCUCGUCCCUCCGGUGGAAAUUAACCAUCUCGGCGAAUACGAUGAACAUGUACCACUAGAGCGGCUUUCCGUUGACGAAAUGCUAACCAAAUACUGUGGUGAGUUCGGGUUUUGGCAAUUCAAGCAUUUUGUGCUCACAUCUAUUGGCUGGGCUCUUAAUGCCUUCCACACAAUGGUUAUGAUUUUUGCUGACCAGGAACCAGCUGCUUGGACAUGUGAUCAAGCAGCCGGUUGCGCUGACAAGAGUAGUGUUUGUGGGCUUGAGCCGGGUGCCGGGAUAUUUGGUCACUUAUCUGAUUCAAAAUUGGGUAGAAAAGGAUCAUUGGUGACUGUAUGCAUUCUGAACUCCAUUUUUGGUCUAUUAACAUCCAUCUCCCCUAACUAUUGGACCUAUGUCUUCCUCCGUCUACUCACCGGCCUUAGUACAAGUGGUGUGGGCCUAUGCGCCUUUGUUCUUGCCACUGAACCCGUAGGCCCAAACAAACGUGGCAUCGCCGGCAUGUCUACUUUCUAUUUUUUCUCCACCGGUAUAGCCCUUUUAUCUGGCAUAGCUUAUAUAUUCCAAUCAUGGCGGUCUCUUUAUAUUGCUUCUUCCAUACCCUCCAUUCUUUUUCUAGUUUUCAUCCUGCCUUUUCUCUCUGAGUCACCUCGUUGGUACCUUGUUCGAGGUAAACCUGAUCAAGCCAUGAAGAUCAUGCAUAGUAUUGCCAAAUCAAAUGGAAAAUGUAUCCCAGAAAAUGUCCAUAUUGCUCUAGAUGAAGAAACCAGCAAGACUAAUGAUUACAAGGGUAUUGAAAUUGGAAUAAACAAUGACAUAUUAACAGGGUCGAUGCUAGAUGUAAUCAAAUCACCAUUAACAAGAAAACGAAUGUUUCUUGUGGCGGGAAUCAACUUCUUAAGCUCAGUCGCAUACUAUGGACUGAGCUUAAACGUUGUGAACCUUAAAACAAGUCUCUAUCUCAAUGUGUUACUCAAUGCCAUUGCAGAGAUGCCUGCAUAUCUUUUGACUGCAAUCUUGAUAGAUAGGUUUGGGAGGAAACCGCUUGGCGUUGGAACACAAUGGUUUAGCGGGGUCUUUUGCAUUGUAGGCAGCUUGUUGGGAAGCCAAGGGAUCUGGAAGACGGUGAGGAUGGUAUGUGGAGUUUUGGGCAUAUUUGGUAUGGCCGGGACUUACAAUUUGCUAUUUAUCUACGCGAUGGAGUUGUUUCCAACGGUUGUCAGAAACGCAGCACUUGGAUGUGCUACACAAAUGGGACAAUUAGGGGCAAUUCUAGCGCCUUUCGUAGUCGUUAUGGGUGGUGGUUUCCCUUUUCUAGUGUUUGGGGCAUGUGCAAUGGUGGGCGGGAUUCUUAUAUUAUACCUGCCCGAAACAUUAAACAAGCCAUUAUACGACACCAUGAACGGGAUGGAGGAUGGAGAGAAUGAGUUCCCAGUAGUGAAUGCAUAA